AAUAUUUUCAAAGUGACGCUCAGCGUCAACCAGCGCGUAUUUCUAAAAUAGACGCCGGUUCAUCGUCCAAUUUUAAACCCGGUGAAAAAUCAUUAUGUUAUUGUAUUUUCAAUAAUUGCUCUGAUAGUGUGAUGGCCUACAGUUGGGAUAACAGAGUUAGUUUCGUUAUAAAAUAUUUGUACGAUGUUGAUAACAACGGAUAUUUGGACGAGAGGGAUUUUGCCUGUUUGGCCCUCAGAGCCACAAUCGUCGAUGGAAAAGGAGAGUUCAGCCAUUCGCGACUCCAAGAAUACCAACAUAUCAUGAUGAGUCUCUGGGAAGAAAUAGCAGAGUUGGCAGAUUUCAAUAAGGACCUAUUGCAGGAUGGGAAAAUAUCAGUCGAGGAAUUCAAACAGGCUGUCCAGCAGUGCUGCGUAGGGAGAAGGUACGAAGAAUUCCCCCAAUCCAUGAAAAUGUUCAUUGACACAAAUUUCAAAAUGGUGGACAUGAACGACGAUGGCGUGAUCGAAGCGGAUGAAUUUAGGUUCAAUUGUAUUAUGAGAUUUGCAAUUGAUGACGUAGAAGCCGUCGAUGAUGCCUUUGAUAGACUUCUCAGUGAUGACGAUCGAAGAAGAGGAGGUCUAACAUUGUCUCGUUACCAGGAGCUGUAUGCUCAGUUUUUGGGAAAUCCAGACGAAAACUGCUGUGCAAUAUAUCUUUUCGGACCUUUAUCAGAAUUCUCACUGGAAUGACAGUUUCGAUUCAUAGCUUAUUUAAUUUUAUGUUGUGUAAAUAUUACUUCAAUAAAUAUAUGAGAGAAUA